GCUCUCUCUGGGGACGAGCAGCCAUGCGACUGAGGUGCGGGAUGAGGACCACCAAGUGCCAGCAGCUGGUGACCAGCCUCUGUGUCAUGCUGCUGGGAUUGUCCAUUGCCACACUGACCACGGUCACCCACUACGGGCUCCAUUUCACCGUCAUCAGCAACAUCUCCCUGGAGAGCAACUCCUACAGGGUCAUCCACUAUGCAGCCUUCUACUUUGGGAUCUGCCUCAGCAUGACCCUGAUCCUUGCAGCCCUGCUGAGCUCUGCUGCCACGGUGCGGGAAUCGCAGUGCCUCACCGCCAUGGGAUUUUUCUGUUUUGCUCUGGCCUUCUGUGGAUUGAUCCCAGCUGCCUGCUGGAGAUACACACACAGCACAGAGGUGGAACACAGCAUGAUGGAUAUGUACGAUCUUGUGUACGAGGAGGUGAGGAGGAACACCUCCAGCAUCAGGAGGCAGGAGCUGACUGCCAUUCAUGAAGCAUUCCUGUGCUGUGGGAAGCACUCUCCAUUUGGGGACACAGACAACAUCGAGCACAAGACUUGCCCAUCCAGCCAGGUGCACAGUGCAGGACAGGACUGCCUCAAAGAGAUCCAGGUCUUCCUGAAGAAGCACAUGGACUUUGUCUCCACGCUCCUGGGCAUCACCAUUGGCUUCACGGCUUAUGGGAUGAUCCUGACUUCAUUCCUCUGGUUCUCCAUCCACUUCAGCAGCAACCUGGACCGGAAAGGCAAAUAUAUCCUGCGACAGAGGUAGAAACGCACUGCCCAGGUAGAGCCGGCUCUUGGCACAGGAAGAUAUCUGAAGUCACCCACAAAAUUCCCCAGGGAAGGUGUUGCAUAGGGUCAGGCAGUGUCAUGCAUUUCCCCUUCCUGGACUACUAGCUGUUAUACAUAUCUGAGCUGGUCGGAGUGGACAAUGAUCUGAGCAAGGGCAGUCCCACACCUUUGCUGAAAACGGGCAAGGACUGAGACACACACCUGGGCUCGGAGGUGCAGAUUGCCUCGCUGGGGUAUGUACAGGCCGUAGCUCCACAAGCAGGACACAAAGAGCCCCUUAGGGCAAAAAUGGAGAGAAAAGCCCAGCAAAAAUCACAGCAUUAAAACAAACUUCUCUUGUGCUGUCAUCUGAGAAGUUCCCUGUGACCCCCGGAGAUGCAAUGUUUCUAGGAAGAUGGCUUUGGAUCACAGCCCAGGACUGAUCUUGUGCUAUCAGCAAAUACAUGGACACAAAGUGUGUUAUUGCUGAUGGGAAACGUGCUCUCCUAGCCUGGACGCUCGUAAUGAUUUACUUUGGGCAUGUUUCUGAUCAUGCUCACGUAUGUAGGCAUCCAACAACUGUUGACUGUUUUUUCCUGUUUUCAAAUACUGUUGGAUUUACAGAGCUUUUUGUAGAGAUCAGGAAAAAAAUCAGAAAGCAGUGCAUGAGCUUUGAAACAACUGACCAGCAUAAGGACGUAUCCCUCUGUUAUUCCUUCUUGGUAAUGCAAUACAGCAUUAUUUUUUAUUCUUAGAAUUUAGUCAGCCUCCUAGAGUUUGAUGCCACGCUGAUUUCACAGGGGCUUGUUCAACUUCCAGCCUUAGUUCUGUGUUUAUCUAGCUUCACUAACCCACCAUGCUGCUGUGCAAUACAAAAGGACUUUGAUAUUACACAUACACUCAGGACUGAAGUUUAAAUCUGUCAGAGAACAAGAGUGAUCACCAGCCAGGUCAAACAAUACAAUGUCCAGCUCCAUGUCCUCUUUACAUCACCUUAUCAAUAAUAAACAGAAAUCUACUGAAGAACUUGGCUCUCAGUCUAGCUCAAACCAUGGCUCCCUGGCACGCUUUACCCUCAUUGCAAGGAGGCAGAGUUGCUUCUGAGCUGAAACCCAUCAUUGCAAUAGAAUUAGCACCUGCUGCAAAACCUGCUGUAAACUAUAUGGCUAUGUGAAAUGUCUGUUGAACCAACAGAAUAUUUCCCCCCUCUCCUUUGUUGUGGCUUUUAGCCAUGAAAAACAGUAAGUAGCAGUUGUUUAUUGACAUAAACAUGGAAAGGCCCAUGCUGAUGUUCAGGACAGUUCCUGGCCCUCAGGCAGGGGCUGCUACACAUACAAGAACAGCACCUGGUUAGCAUUUUAACAUGGCUACAAAUAUCUUGCAUUGGAAAGAAUUGUGUUGGGGCGGGGGGGCGGGAGGGCA